GACAGAGCAUGUCGCCGCCUGCUGGACGCCCGGGAGAUACGGUUUCUUUGUUCGCUGACGCUGCUGCUGCUUCCCAGGCUGAGCCAGCCAUGUCAGCUACCUCGUUCUUCAUCCCCGCCGUUGCCCUGUCAUAAGACCUCGGACCAGAACCGUGGCUGCCGACCGUUGCAGGCCUGCUCCUGCUCCUGCUCCUGCUCCUGCCCCAGUCCCAAUGGCCGUGGCGGACCAGCCUUCGGGCCUGAUGGACAUUGCGAGCUCCCUGACUCAGGAUGAGAUUCCCUUCAAGCUCCGCUGUGCAGUCUGCAACAAGCUUGCGGUCAACGCCUUCCGUCUUCCCUGCUGCGACCAGGCAAUCUGCGAGAACUGCCAGACCUCCCUCCCCGAAACCUGUCCCGUGUGCGCCCACACGCCCAUCUCGCCCGACCUUUGCAAACCUAAUAAGGCGCUGCGAACCACCUUGAAGGCCUUCCUACGCACAGAGGAGAAAAAACGGGAAAAGGAGCGCGCCUCGGCUACCCCUGCGACCCCCAGUAUCGCCACACCUGCCGACGCCGCUGCUCAGCUGCAGCAGGAAGCGCCCGUCACGGGAGAUGCGCCGCUGAAAGACCCUGCUCCGAAUACAGCUGGCGAUCUUGUCUCAGAGGUAGAAGCCAAGCCAGAGGAUGUGGCAGGGGAACAACUGGAGCCUACGGAUUCAGCCGCCGUGCUGACCGACCACGGCGAAGCUGCCGAGCAGCCUCAGAUCGAGGACGCAGAACCAUCCACCGAUGUCGCCGAUGUACAGGAGUCAAACGAGACUGCCGCAGGAGACGGGACGGUAGAUGACAGCGAGUCGCAAGACCCUAGCCAGCAGUCGAUGAUGCAGGCCUCAGGGCCCGGCCAGAUGUUCCCGAACGGUAUGGGCUUCAACAUGAACACUGGCGGAUUCCCGAAUGCGAACAUGGGCUGGCCGGGUAACACCAACUUCCCGAUGGGGUUUAUGCCCGGGAUGUUCAACUUUCAAAACAUGGGAAUGGGGAUGGGCCCGAUGACUCAGGGGAUGUAUGGGGGGUAUGGGAUGAACAUGAAUGGCAUGAACAAUGGCAUGAGCAUGGGGAUGAACAUGGGCUUCGACGCGGGGCAGGGCAUGUACGGAGGCGGAGGGUGGGAUGGCUCGCAGCAGAACACUAUGUGGAAUGGAGGCCAAGAUAAAUUCAAUCCAAAUGCGUUCGCAAAUGGCAUGGGCCCUGCUCCCUAUGGUGGUGGCCAUUCUGGAUUUGGUGGCUAUAACGCCAAUUACUCCCAAGGUCAUCAUCAUUAUCCUCCCACCGGCUACACUGCCAGAGGAGGCAACAACCUGCGUGGUCGUGGCGGCGGAUAUGGCCCUGCGGCCGGUCGAGGCCGUGGUGGUGCAGCAGCAGCAGCAGCAACAGGAGGAGCAGGAGGCUACAACUAUCCCCCCAAUGCUAACUACUCCAACUAUCCGGAUAGUUCUAAUCAGAUGCAGACUCACCCCGACGGCGUAUCGGCGGAUGUCUCAUCGACGACUGAUCAACCCCCUAGUGCCGAUGCUGACCCUAAUAAGAUCCCCAACGACGAACUCGCCCCGGGAGGGGAGGAUGAGCAUCCCAAGGAGGCUACCGCCGCAGACGAGGCAGCAGAUGGUAGACCUGCAGAAAUCAUGCCUUUUACCGACGCAUCUGUUCCGGUAGAAGGAGAGCAGCAGCAAGAGCAGCAGCAAGAAGAGCAGCAAGAAGAACAUCAACAACUGCGUGGUAUCCCCACCAUCGAUAGUCUCGAUCACCAGGACGACCCGCACCACCACGGCUUCCACCCUAUGAUGUCGGGAAUGUCUGGUCCCAUGGGGCCUGGGCCUGGGCCUGGUUUUCCACGCGGGGGCGGCUACAUGCGCGGCGGCCACUUCGGUCGUGGUGGUCCCAACGGUUUCGGAAGAGGAGGAGGCUUCAUGGCAGGGAACAAUGGGCCCAUCGAACCUAGAGGGUUAGGAGUCGAGGGUGCUCCGGCUGCUCCGCGCGCCAUGCGAGAGGGAUUGCCCAAUACUAGUGUCUUGCGGCAGCGCAUGUUCCAGCGAGGUGAAACAUCUGCACCACAAGAUCCAGACGCAAGUCAAUCAAGGACGAUCUCUCGCCAAGCGACACCAGACCGCCAGCGUCGGUCUAACCGCUCGCAAAGCCCCCGCGACAGUGACGAGGGCACCGACCAGCGGCGAGACCGCGACGACCGCGACGACCGCGACGACCGCAGAUCUCGCCGCGGCGAUCACCCGCAGAGCGAGGAGCAUGUCGCGUCCGCAUCGAUCCAGGAAGGAGGUGCGCGCUCCCGUUCCGCGUCGGUGGAUUCCCCGCGCAAACCUUCUGCCUCUACUCGUCGAGAACGGAACCGUCGUGGAGGUCGUCGCUCGCGCCGGUCGCGUCGGCAUCGAACUCGCUCGCGUAGUCGGACGCCCAGUCGCAACGGCGAGGUUCGUGAUAGUGUACCUCCUGUGACUGAGGGAUCGCGAAAUAGAAUUGGUCAGGAAAGGGAUCGACGCAGAGACCGUGAUCGUGAACGUGAUCGUGAACGUGAACGUGAACGCGAACGAGACCGUGAUCGAGAGCGUGAACGAGACCGUGAUCGAGACCGCGAACGAGACCGUGAUCGAGACCGUGAUCGCAGAGACCGCGACCGCGAGCGCGAAAGAGAGAGAACGCGCGAACGGGACAGGGAACGAGACCGCGAGCGACCGCGCGACAGGAAACGGUCUCGCCGCGACCGCAGCGAGUCCCCCGGCAGCGAGUACUCGCGCCACCACUCCUCGCGACGAGUCAAACGCCGAGACGAGCAUGACAAUGCCAACACGAAUACCCCCGACGAGCGCACAGGGAACGGCAACAACAACCGCAGUUCCGCUCGAGCAUCUGCACAGCCCGAAAAGGACCCGCACACGCUGGAGCGCGAGGCACGCAACCGCGAACGCAUGCUCAAGGAGCAGCAGAGACGGGAAGCCAUGGGCGGCGCCAGCAGCCGACGACGUGUGAGCUACAAGUAUGAAGAUGAGGAGACCCAGAGUGCGCGGGCGGCUCGUGUGGAACAGGAGAGAGAGGCGGGGAGGUGGCAUUAACUGCAACUGCAAUCUAGAAUCUAAUGCAUCUACUCAUAGUACAAAGGAGACAUCAUAGUACGGCGUAAAGUGUACUAUUGCACGGGAAUUGUAUUGGAAAAUCUACUUGUAUAUUCAUUGCUAGGACAAUAUGCUAAACUACAUGGACUAGGACAGGCACACCUCAAGCAAGCUUGCUCUUGAGAGACUCGAUCUCCUCGGUGAGGGCCUGCAUCUGCUGCGCCUGCGUGGCGAUGGUCUUGGUUUGCUCGGCGAUCAGCGACUUGAUGGACUCGAUCUCCUGCUGGACACUAUCUGCGACGACCGAGUUG